AUGGCAGGUGACCCCUUGAAACGUAACCAGAAUUUGUAUUGUGCAUAUCACCAGGAGCUGGGCCACAACACCGAUGACUGCAGAAAUCUGAAAAACCACUUGGACCGGCUUGUCCGAGAGGGGAAGUUGAGACAUCUAUUACAUCACCCUGUUGGAUGGCAGGAACAAUCGAACGUUGAAACCAGGCAAAGCACCUUAAGGCCACCCCUUGGCACAAUAAACGUCAUCCUCGCCGUACCGAGAAGGACCGGCUCCAAUCCUUUCAGAGUAAUGUCGGUGGGCAGGCUCCCGGCUGAAGUUGACGACCAGGAAUCCAAGAGGGCUAGAGGAAUGGCCACACCUUUAAUCGGAUUCUCGGAUGAGGACAAACCGGGAACCCUUCAACCCCACGACGAUGCCCUGGUCGUCACACUUAGAAUUGGAGGAUACGAUGUGAAUAGGGUGCUAGUUGACCAUGGCAGCACCAUGGAAGUAAUGUAUCCCGACUUGUAUAAGGGAUUGAAGCUGAAGUCAGAGGACCUGACGUCAUACGACUCCCCUUUGGUCAGUUUUGAAAGGAAAACUGUCACCCUGAAAGGCAUGAUUAGGCUGUCUAUACAAACAGACUCGGACAUGAUGGAGGUGGACUUCAUUGUGGUAGAUGCACAGUCCCCCUACACUGCUAUCGUGGCACGACCGUGGCUCCAUGCCCUGGGGGCUGUGUCAUCAACCAUACACCAAAUGGUGAAGUAUCCGUCAGAAGGUUGA